AUGUCGAGGCUGCGAGCUCUGUGGCAGGCUUCCUUUAACGCCACAAAGAGAGCUCUUAUAUGGAGUUCAGAUGAUCUAAUUCCGCCAAGUGAAAGAUGUAUCUUCAAUUUCAACUCAAAAGAUGAGCUGAAAAGGUGGCAUUUGUACUCAGAUUCAGAGUAUGGAGGUUUGUCUUCUGCAUCCUUGGAAAUAACUGAUGGCGCUUCAGCUGGAGAUACUCCAUUAACUGGUGUGUUUUCUGGUAAUCUUUCUUUGGAUAUGUCCGAAGAGUCAACAUGGAGGAUCAGGCGCUAUGGAUUCUGCGGGAUGCGAUCAAAGAAGUUUGAUGGUUUCAUUGACCUUGAUGCAUAUGAUACAAUAGCAAUGAAGAUCAAAGGAGAUGGAAGAUGCUACAUAUCUACCAUAUACACAGAGAAUUGGGUGAAUUCACCCGGACAACAAGAAGACAACUCAUGGCAGGCUUUUGUGUACAUACCCCAGGACAGAUGGCAAGUCCUGAAGAUCCCUAUUGAUCGAUAUUUACCCACAUGGAGAGGAAGUGUGAUCGAGGCAAAGUUGGAAAUGAACCCUGCUCGAAUUGUGGGGAUGUCUCUCUCUGUAAACGCAGAAGGCGGUGUUCCUGGUGCCAAGACUGGGCCUGGUGAUUUUAGGCUUGAGGUUGAUUGGAUCAAGGCGUUGAGAACACUGUGA